UUCAUCUUCUUCUCUAUAUUAUAUGCUGUUCCGAAGCCCUAGAGUUGUGAAAAAAUGGCAAAAAUAUGCGCCUUUGUAUGUUUUUCGGUCCUAGUAAUGGAUGCUGCUGCUGGGAUUCUAGGCAUUGAAGCACAACUUGCCCUAAACAAGGUGAAACAUAGGAGGAUGUGGGUAUAUGAGUGCAAAGGGAGCUAUGAAGCUUUCAAGCUUGGAUUGCUUGCGUCUGUGCUGCUGGCUCUAGCCCACCUUGUAGCCAACGUGCUCGGUGGCUGCAUGUGCAUUUUCUUGGCAGAUCAGCUAGACAAAUCAAGAACUAAUAGGCAUUUAUCAUUUGCUUUCCUCAUUUUCUCAUGGAUUACAAUGGCGAUCGGGUUCCCCACAUUGAUCAUAGGGAUGUUAGAGAACUACAAAACAACAAGUUCAUGCGCCAUUUUACACCAUCCUUUCCUAUCCACCGGCGGGAUAUUAUGCUUCAUUCACAGCCUCUUCUGCCUCGGCUUUUAUAUUUCAGUCAUCACUGCACCUGGAAAAGGGAAGAUUGAUACAAGCGAUCAGAAAGGCCUGGAUCUUUAAUGCUUUUUCAUGGAUUUUCUUACUUGUGAAGCAAGGUUGAUGAUGAUAUUUUCUUCCUGGUUUCUUUCUUUCUUUCCGGAUGAUACAAACAGACCUUAGUGUGAAAUGCAGCAUGAUAUCCCAUUCCCAUA